CCCGGGUCCCGCAGCUGGGCUCCCUCCUCACAUGGGGCCCCCUCGCUUGCCGCAGCGGCGGGGUAGACCCUCGCCGGGUUGCUGAGUGGCCGGGGGUUGGCCGCCGGUGGGGUAUGCGGCCAUGAGAGCCCGCGCCGCCCGCAGGCUCUGCUGGCGCCGCCGCUCAGGCUCCAACAAGAGUAGAGAAGACGGCACAUUACCUAAGAUGUGAGAAGCCCUCCCUCAGCAAAAUCAAACCUUGUUUUCAAAAUGGACCGAAGCAAGCGGAAUUCAAUAGCAGGAUUUCCACCCCGCCUGGAGCGCGCUGAGGACUUUGACGGUGGCGCUGGAGGAGAAGGGACUGUCUCCCAGAUCGGAAGAGUUUGUACCUCUUCCUACAGAGCCCUGAUAAGUGCCUUUUCCAGACUGACUCGUCUCGAUGACUUCACAUGUGAGAAAAUUGGCUCUGGUUUCUUCUCGGAGGUGUUCAAGGUAAGGCACAGAACUUCAGACCAAGUAAUGGCUUUGAAGAUGAACACACUGAACAGCAACAGAGCAAACAUGCUGAAAGAGGUUCAACUUAUGAAUAGACUCUCACAUCCAAACAUCUUAAGGUUUAUGGGUGUCUGUGUGCAUCAAGGACAGCUGCACGCACUUACUGAGUACAUCAACUGUGGUAACCUGGAGCAGCUAUUAGAUGGCAACCAGCAUCUGCCCUGGACAGUGAGGGUGAAACUGGCGUAUGACAUUGCUAUGGGAAUCAGUUAUCUUCACUAUAAAGGCAUUUUCCACCGAGACCUUACAUCUAAGAACUGCUUAAUAAAACACGAUGAGAACGGAUAUUCAGCCAUAGUGGGAGACUUUGGUUUAGCAGAGAAAAUUCCAGAUCACAGUGAGAAGUUACCAGUGGUGGGUUCACCCUUCUGGAUGGCACCAGAAGUUCUCAGAGAUGAACCUUAUAAUGAAAAGGCGGAUGUAUUCUCCUAUGGUAUAAUUCUUUGUGAAAUUAUAGCAAGAAUACAGGCAGAUCCAGACUAUCUCCCUCGCACAGAGAAUUUUGGAUUAGAUUACGAUGCCUUCCAGCACAUGGUGGGAGACUGUCCCCCUGACUUCCUCCAGCUGGCCUUCAACUGCUGUAAUAUGGAUCCAAAGUUGCGUCCUUCAUUUGCUGAUAUUGUCAAAACACUGGAGGAGAUUUUAAAUCGCCUGAGAAAUGAGGACUCGGACAGAGAGAGAAAAUUUCUGAAUCUUGACAACAGUGAAAGAAAACCCAAAGGUUCAAUCGAAAAAGGACCAGGAGUAAAACGUUUGAGUUCUCUGGACGAUAAGAUCCCACCCAAGUCACCUCGUCCACGCCGGAAUAUCUGGUUGUCACGCAGCCAGUCGGAUAUCUUCUCCCGCAAGCCUUCCAGGAAGAUAAACGUGCAGGACCCCUACUACACGCCAAACAAAGGAUUAGGCCGGAAAGUUAAUCCCUUCAGUGCCCGGGAGGACCUCAAGGGGGGGAAGAUCAAAUUCUUUGACAUGCCAAGCAAGUCUGUGAUCUCCCUUGUGUUUGACUUGCAUUCUCCAGAGGCAGGUGGAGGCCUGAAAGCCAGCCAGCACCAGUUCCGGCAGGCGUAUAGCACAGACUGCCAGGAAUUUUCCCUUCUUCCCAGGAGACGAUGCAGGUCACUUCCACUCUCUCCUGAAUUGCCGCACAAGGAAUAUGGCCUGUUUGGGGGACUCUCUUCAACUGUUGGCAGGUGUGACCCAGCCCAACUAGGUGCAGAAGUUCGGCAAAAACUCCUGAGUAGCAGUAAAUAUGGUGUGUCAGAGAUUCCCCCCUUUCAUGCCAAGCCUCACAGACCAGAAUUUCUUCCUGUAGCAGGACAAGAGGAGGAUAUGGACUGUUCAGAUGGGCCGGUGGCCCAGGAGGAAAAUGGGUUUUGCCCUGUUGAGAAUACACAUGGAGAUCCAGCAUGUAACCAACCAUUAGCGUUGGCCCAGCCUGAGCCACUGUCUUACAAAAAGCUCCCAGCUGAGAAUUCAGUGAACUCUGAGGGGCAUGGCUCCUCACAAGUGUUUGUGGGUUGUCUCCCUUCUGAAGAGAUGGAGGUGGAAGAUGACCUACUGAAAAAUACUCUACCAGAAUCUACGAAGCCUCUGUUCGGUGUUAGUCCUUCCACCGAGCUGAAGAGAGAGGUAUGGCCCUUCAGGGAGCAGGAUGGGGACAGUCCUGCCCCAUUGUCUCAGACCUCCAACAUCUCGGCAAGUGGCAGCACGCAGUCAACUUGUGACAUAUGAAGAGAGGACUCAAACUGAAUGUGUCCUUGAGGGAACAGUUGUUCCCAGUCACUUAAACUCUGUUUUUUCUUGUAGUGCUGGUCUUCACGUUCGAAAGAGACUCAGCAGAUGGUAGAAGCUGGUUGUCAAACAGCUGCAGACAGCAUCUGGAGAGACUGAUUAUUUUAACUUUAUUUCAAACUGUGCUUAUUCCCUUCCCUGAUUUGCAUUAGGAGGUGGAACUACUCCAGCCAGAAUGGCCGUGUGGGCCCCACAGUCCUUCCAAGAGGCAGCAGCCAGAGCAGGCACCGUGUAAACAGUUUGACCUGGAUUCCAGCAUGGAGCAUUUCAAGGCCUUAAGCUCCAUUUUGGGGUAGAAAGAGUGAUCCUUAGGUUUUUUCCCCUCUUCCUCUGACUGACCAGCUGCCCUAAACCACUGCAGAUUUUUGCAUUAACAUCCUGCAGCGGUGUGCCUGAGUCAGAGCCCCUGUUUUAGAAACGGGCACAGCGAUCUUUCAGAACCAUGUGGAGCAGAUAGGAAUGCUCUCUGGUCCCAGAGCUGCUGCAAAUGCUGUUGCAGCAUUAAACAAGCUCUUCUUUCAAAAGCAGCGAAAACAAAACCCCUCACGCUGGUCGCAAUCUGCAGGCUGAAUCACAUGACGAGUGCUUUGCGAUUAACAAGAAGAAUCUGUUCCCUGGUGUUUCAUUUUUCCCUUGGGAUUUGGUAAUGAUGUGUAACACAGCAGUGUAGGGAGGCAGGAUGCGGUGAGCACUGCUCUCCUCCUUGCACGGCUCAUGUACCUCAACCCAAAUGUGGAGGAAGAUUUGCCUAGGGCAUGAGAGGAGAGCCAUAUUCCAGGCUACUGGAAUUCAUUUCUGGACCUGCAGUGAAAGUACCAGCUGUACUGAGCUUUCAGGGGGUGUGGGCUUUUAUCUCUGAAGAGCUGGAUGGACAUCAUGAUCUGUUUCCACAGAAGAGUUAAUUGAACACAAAAUUAAGAUCACAGUUGACUAUUACCACUAAGCUAGAAGGUUCACAUUCAUCUCCCUUCCUGGUACAUCCCAUCUCAUUAAUUUCACUGCAGUAAUGACGGCUCCUUAUUUAAAACCAGAUUGCUUGAAAGAGGACAGGAAUCCCCUGCUCAGGGGAGGUUGCCAGCAGUGUUGCAGCCACACAAGUGCUCUUGGAAAGGACAGACAGUAUUCUCACAGAUGGGCUUUCAAUUGUCAAACUAGAGCAAAUUAGCUUGUCCUGAAUUAGUUUCUUCUACGGAAAGAAGCUGUUGGCUUCAUUGGCUUCUCCUGUCACUGAACAGGAUGGUUUUUUUUUUUUUUUUUUUCCUUCCCUUCCCUCCACCAGCAGGUACGUGUGAAAGAAGCGGAGGAACCAGCAUCAGAGAUCCCCGCUCUGGGAUGCAAUGUACAGGAAAGCUUGUUCUGGGGUGAUGUUCGUGCACCAUCCCGCCCUUUUCCGCUAUUGUUGUUCCAAUGACAUGGGAUUUUUAUUUUUUUUUAGUUUUUUUUUUUAAUCUAUAUUAUCAUUCCUAGCUGAGGCAUGCAUUGCGUACCUGCUAAGCAGAUGGUGAUGCAAUGGAGACCAGAAUGUCACCCAGGUAGCCUGUUACACUCUCUUCCUGCUCUCUUGUAAGGAUGGAAAAUGAAAACUAGUCUCUGAUGGAAGCAGGGCUAUUCCUACUCUUUUCUCAUCUCAGAGGAUGAAGGGGAAAAGCCUUAGUUCUUUUUUUGGCUGAGAUGCUUAUCUUUGCAGAGGUGUAGGUCACUAUUCUGUGAAUUAUGACUUCCUCUUGUGAACUAGGUGUUAACCUCAGCAGCAAUUAUCUCUUUGCAGUGGCUGUGAAGAAUCAAAUGAGAAACCCAGUGUUGCCGAGUGACUUUGCACAGUCCAUGCAGAUUAGGCAGCUGUUUGCAGUGUGAAAGAGAAAAUGCCUGUCCUUACCCAGAUCACCCCUUUUGGCCCCCGCCUCUUGGCCUCCUGAAGGUGCUGAGCUGCAGAGUGGUCUGUCUUGUGUAUCCUGUCUGCAGAGUGGCUUCUACAGCUGGCAUGGUGUGUGUGAGGUUUCCUUUGAGGACAGCAAACAGCCAGCAGAGCUCAGUUGCCUGCCUGGUGCCUGCUUUUUCUUUUUUUCCUUUUUUUCUUCCUCUUUUUUUAUCUUUUAUACAAUUGUAAUCUCUCAGGAGGGGGAAACCAUCAGCACCAGCUUCUGUUGUCACAAGAUGCGUUUAGGUGUGUGACUUCAGCUAAACUAGCAAUAAUAAGGAUUAGUUUUACUUCUGCAUCGCGGGGCUGUGAGGAAGCUGGCCAGCAUCCUGCGACUGCUGCAGCCUCAGCAGAGAGCACACCCGGGGCCGUGGCUGCUCCGUGGCUUGUGUCAGCCCUGGUUGCCAGCCCUGACACCCCAUCGUGAAGCCUGUUGCCCUCUCCGAAGCCUGUGUGGUCAGUCAGGCCUUGGCUACCUCUGUGGCACCCAUUAGUGACCUCAUCUGCUUUAUUAACACCACUGUCUCUUAAAACGUUUCCCUGCUCUGAAUAGCUCUCUUACGUGGCUAAAAUUUUAUCUUUUUACAUGUACCAGCUGACAGGCGUGGGGCACUUCUAUCCCCUUCCCUAGCUCUUUGUACUGAGGUGGAGGUGUCGGAGAGAGAAAUACCAAGGAAUCACGGCUCAGGCCUCUCCUGGAUUCGUGGUCUGCGCAGGAGGAGGGGUGUGUGUGUGGAACUGGAGUGAAAGGAUUUUGCUUUUUUAGGAUAGCGAAGUGCUUGCUAAACCCCAGUGUUUGCAAGGGUCUGGGUGCAGCUGGCGCUCACUGCGGCUCAGCCCUUGGGUUGUGUAAAGCUGAAUCUGGGUCGCACUUAGUAAAUACUCCUGGGUUUUCUGCCUACCUGAGGGUGCUUUUCUACUGGGGGCCAUUUUCUGACAGCUGCUGCUGAACACGGGUACGAGCGCGUGCUCAGCAGCCUCCUCGUUUUAUACCGAUGGGACAAAGUUUUAUGGUGAUGGGAUUUUAUCAUGAUUUUUGACUUCCUUACGGGAGCAGUUCUUGCUCUUUUAAAACACUUUCUACACAUUGCGAGGUUCCCUGAAGAGAUUGAAAGAUAUUUUUAAUUCCCUUUAAAUCUUUCUACGUUGAAUUCAUUUAAAUGUCUGUUAUAAGCUAUUUUUGUUGAGGUUGCAGGUUGAUAAAAGGCAACGAAGAGAAUGCAUGUGAAUCGCUGCCCCUCAAAAGCAGGGCAGGCAAGGGGCUAUCCUAGACUUAAACCUUGCUGGAGAGGCAUUGAGUUGAUGUAUUACGUGUAACAGAACAUUGGUAUUUUUUGCCAGUACAACUAAAGACACUUGAAUAAUUCCUGUUUGCACUUAAUGCUAUUGUUUAUAUUGCAUGUCACUACAUUUCUAUGCAAAACAAAUAACCUUUUUUUUUUUUUUUGAUGGGGGGAGGGAGGAGGGGCAGCCAGAUAUUUGAUUAAGUAUAAAGAUCUUUGCGAGAUGAUCUAUUUUCGUAUUUAUGAAGGAGUUUUACGUCUUAAUAUUUUGCAGUCUGUAAAUAGCUCAACUUGUAAUUAAAGGCUUAGGAAGAAGUUUGUAGCUUGUGUAUAAUAGUAAGUUAACACUGCCAGAAAAAAAAGAAAUCUUUGCAAAACAACUUUUCUAAUAUUGUGGAUAUUUAUGAAUAUGUAAAGAAAGCACGUCUUGUUUUUAUGUUGAUUGACCUUCUGACUUUUUUUGAACUUAUAGAAAUGGUGUAUGUUUUAUUGGAACUGCAAUAAGAAGUAACCAAAGAUGAAUCCAGUUAAAUAUUUUCGUAAUUUUUUUCUUGGUCAGGUUUUGUAAACUUUCCCAACUUGCUUUCAAAAUAAAAAUAAAAUCAAG